AUGACACAAGAGGAAGAUAACAUCGUGUCGUCGAGUAUGCUUUGGGACUACAUCUUUGUGGGAGGUGGACUCUCGGCGGCGGUCACCUCCAAUCGCUUGCUCAACCACGACCCGGCGCUCAAGAUCCUAGUUGUUGAAGCUGGCGCGAAUGCGAACAAUGACCCGAGCGUGACAUACCCGAACUCAACCAAUCUAAUAGGUGGUGAAUACGACUGGAAAUACAAGACUGUUCCUCAAUUUCAUCUUGGCAACCGACAAAUUGACCUGCCUUGCGGCAAAGCGCUCGGUGGUGGCACCGUCAUCAACUCCGGAGGAUGGAGCCGUGGUGCCAAGCGCGAUUACGACCUUUGGGCAGAAACGGUUGGCGAUCAUCGCUGGAGCUACGACGGCCUGCUUCCUUACUUCCGCGAAACUGAGAGGGUGGCCAAUGCCUCAAUCAACCCCGAACAGCACGGCACAAAUGGGCCUGUUUACAUUCAAGGUGUCGUCUCGACCGAGCGCGAAUAUCCAUUGCGCGAAAAGGUGCUUGACUCCUGGAAAGACGUUGGUGUCAACAUGCUGCCUCAUCUAGAUGGAAACGCCGGCGAGCCAAAUGGCGUCGGCGACUUGUUUGAAAGCAAACAUGAGGGCCGUCGUCAAAUUGCAUCAGUUGUGUACCCACUCGAUGGGAUUUCAGUACUGACCGACACACUGGUGGCCAAGAUACUUUUGGGGCCCAAUUCCGACAAUCACCGACCCCAUCGUGCAGUCGGCAUCCAGCUCGCCAACGGCACCGAGAUCAACGCUCAGGAAAUCAUUCUCUCUGCUGGUGCUGUACGCACUCCCCAAAUUCUCAUGCUUUCUGGUAUUGGACCCCCUUUAGAGUUAGCCAAGCACAGCAUCUCCGCCCAGGUCAUUGCCCCGGAUGUGGGAAAGCAUUUAACUGACCACGGUCUCUUUCGCAUCAUGUGGAAAUUGAAGGACCCUUCCGCUGGAUACGCAAUCGGCUCAGGCAACCCUUUAUUCAAUGAGGUACAGUAUGGAUGGGGUACGCCUACUGAUUUCCUCGUCUCUGCCGGUGUUAGUGAUAAAGAGGGCCUUGCAAAGGCUAUCGAAGAGGACGAGGGUCAAAAACCCGAUUCAAAGACACAUCCGCUGCUUAAAGAAGAGCGAACGUUUAACGAAUACGUUCUUCUGUAUGCUGGUCUACCGGACGGGUCAACUCUUACCUCUGCCAUCAUCAAUCUUCUGCCAACAUCACGAGGCAGUGUAACGCUUGCCUCUGCCGACAUUGGAGAUGCUCCAUUGGUUGACCCCAACUACCAUGCGACUGCAGUAGACAGAUUUAUUGCGCGAGAUGGAAUGCGACGUCUCAUUGCGCUGACUUUGGGACACACUCCUUUGGGCCGCGAUAUCCUUGACGGCGAUGUGGGCGCCCCUGGCUUUGAUGAGCCCUUCACGACUGAUUCUACAGAUGACUACAUCGAAAAGCGAUUCGCCGCUGGUCUUGGUUCAACCUACCAUCCCAUGGGCACAGCGGCAAUGGGCAAAGUCGUCGACACCAAGUUGCGCGUCAAGGGGGUGGCAGGACUCCGUGUUGUUGACACUUCCGUUUUCCCUGUUGUCAUUACGGCCCAUUUGCAGGUCGCCACCUAUGCCAUGGCCAACUUGGCAGCGGACCUUAUUUACAAUGAGCGCAAAUGCCAUAAAUAG